UGAAAGCCGCGUUUGUGAGUUAUUAGCCACAAGCUAGGCUAGUUUCCAGCGAGAGUGCUCACAUCCGCUGCCGGUAAGGAGGGAGGGGCACAAACAUACGCUUCUCUACUAGUCACAUUGCCAGGCAAGCACCUUCCAACAAUUUCAAGCAAUGGCUGAGGCUCACCAGGCUGUGGCAUUUCAGUUCACCAUAACACCAGAGGGCAUCGAUCUGCAGCUCUCUUAUCAAGCCCUGAACCAAAUCUACCUGUCAGGAGUACGAUCGUGGAAAAAACGUGUCAGCCGCAUAAGGGUGAGAGACAGAAAGCUCGAGAUGUAUCUGGUUGCCAGGCCUGCACCCUUGGGGCCUGCCACACACAGCCCAAAGAGUGUAUUCAAAUGUUGCUGUAUACAGAAUAAUGUGGCUGUCAAGAACCGGGUGAUCAAGGGAAUGUAUCCAGCCAGCCCUUCAUCCUGGCUGUUUGUCGUCAUUGCCAUCUUAGCCACCAUGUACAUGCGGUCUGAUCCUAGCAUGGGCCUAAUUGCCAAGAUACAGCAACACCUUCCCCUCAGCCUCCAUGUGUCUCUCAGCGCUCAGGGCCAGACAAUGCUUUCUGCGUUGGUUUUCAGCACACUUUUGUGGCUGUCCCUCAUCCUGGCUCUAAGGUUUUGCCUUAAGCUGCUUCUCUCCUACCACCAGUGGAUGUUUGAGCAGCAUGGUCGAGUUUCCAACACUACCAAAGUAUGGGUGACACUACUGAGGCUUUUAUCUAGCAGAAAGCCGCUACUGUACAGCUAUCAAACGUCGCUACCUCAUCUCCCUGUUCCUGCUAUAAAGGACACUUUGAGCAGGUACUUGGAGUCAGCACGCCCUCUGUUGGCAGAUUCUGAAUUCCAACGGAUGACAAAAUUGGCCUCCGACUUUGAAUGUAACCUGGGAAAUCGACUCCAACGCUACUUGAAACUUAAAGCUCUCUGGGCUACUAACUAUGUGAGCGACUGGUGGGAGGAAUAUAUUUAUCUCCGGAGCCGAGGCCCCAUAAUGGUCAACAGUAAUUAUUAUGGCAUGGAUUUCCUGUACGUGACCCCUACUACCGUCCAAGCUGCAAGGGCAGGCAACACAAUAACUGCUAUGCUCCUCUACCGCCGCAAAGUCAACCGAGAGGAGCUGAAACCAAGCCGUGUUCCAGGAACUGUCAUACCUCUUUGUGCUGCCCAGACUGAGAGGAUGUUCAACACAACACGCACUCCAGGAGUUGAGACUGAUGUUCUCCAGCACUGGUUGGACAGCGAGUUUGUUGCAGUGUACCACAAAGGCCGCUAUUUCCGCUUGUGGGUGUACCGGGCUGGCCGCCUGCUCUCUCCUAGGGAGAUUGAGUAUCAAAUUCAAAAGAUCCUGGAUGACCCUUCGCCCCCACAGCCAGGAGAAGACAAACUAGGAGCACUUACUGCUGGAGACAGGAUUCCUUGGUCUCAAAUGAGAAAGCAGUAUUUCAGCACCGGUGUGAACAAGCGAUCGCUAGAUGCCAUCGAGAAGGCAGCCUUCUUUGUGACCUUAGAUGGUGAUGAGAAAGGCAUGAGAGGAAACGACCCAGUAGGAAACUUGGACCGCUAUGCCAAAUCGCUGCUCCACGGCAAAUGUUAUGACCGGUGGUAUGAUAAAUCAUUUUCAAUUGUGAUCUACAAGAAUGGAAAGAAUGGACUGAAUGCUGAGCAUUCUUGGGCUGAUGCACCAACUGUGGCUCACCUUUGGGAGUAUACACUCGCCACUGAUGCUUUCCAUCUGGGAUACACUGAGGAUGGGCACUGUAAGGGUGACGUGGACCGUUCACUACCACCCCCUCAGAGGCUUAUCUGGGACAUUGCGCCAGAGGUUCAAGAUCAAGUGUUCAGAUCGCUUGCUGUUGCCCAGGCUUUGGCAGACGAUGUUGACUGCCAUGUGUUCCCCUUCAGAGACUUUGGAAAAGGACAAAUUAAGAAGCUUCGGGUUAGCCCUGAUGCCUUCAUUCAGAUUGCAUUACAAUUGGCAUACUACAGGGAUCGUGGAGGUUUCUGCCUGACUUAUGAGGCAUCAAUGACCCGUCUCUUCAGGGAAGGAAGGACAGAGACUGUGCGGUCCUGCUCCAACGAAAGCUGUGACUUUGUCAAAGCUUUGGAGAGUGGAGAGACAGCAGAACAAUGUCGACGCCUCUUUAGAUUGGCUUCAGAGAGACACCAGAAUCUUUAUCGACUGGCGAUGACUGGAGCAGGGAUUGACAGACACCUCUUCUGCUUGUACGUCGUCUCGAAAUAUUUGGGAGUUGAAUCACCUUUCCUCAAAGAGGUUCUGUCCGAGCCUUGGCGCCUCUCCACCAGUCAGACACCAGUUCAGCAAAUGGAGCUUUUUGACUUGAAGAACCAUCCGGAAUUUGUAUCUCUCGGCGGAGGAUUCGGACCUGUUGCAGAUGAUGGUUACGGCGUUUCUUACAUCAUUGUGGGUGAAGAUAUGAUCAACUUUCACGUGUCCUGCAAAUACUCCUGCAAUGAAACGGACUCCCACAGAUUUGGAGCUCAGAUAAACAGAGCUCUCCAAGACAUCAUGAGCAUCUUGUCUACUGACAUAAAAUCUCCCUCAUGGUCCAAAGCCACAGACGAGCCUAAGCCUAACAAGAACCUCUGAAUAAUGUCGAGCUCACUUGAACACAUCGUGACGAUCCUAUUCUGUUGAAAAAGGUGGAAAUAGUAAGAUAAAGCAUUUACUCCAUACUUCUCUACCAGUCUCGGUAAAAAAUGAGCAUUGCAUUUGACUUAUCUUGUAUCGAAUCCUUCUCAGAUGGUUCCUAAUACUGUGGUCAGUGAGUGUUUAUGAAAUAAUAAUGCAUCCAUUUAAAAGGGAAUUUGAAAUUUAAGCUCAUUUGACAUCUAAAUAUGUUUAUGGUGCUUACCUGAAUUUUAUAUCUGUAUUUCUUACAAUAGUUACUGUUGCCUUUUUUGUGCAUAGCAUUUUCAUUUUUUCGCCUAAUAGUUUGUUUCAGUUUUGAUUUGUACAGGAAGUACAGGACUAGAAUGGAAAAGUAGUCUGGUCGGUGUCUCUGUGAUAUUACAGGAUGUGGUUUAGGAUGUUGUUAUCAGCAGUUCUUUGUUGCUGCUUUGAAAAUGUGCUGAAAACCACAGCUAAUGAGAUGGCAGCAAGCCAGCAUCUUCAUUUGAUGCUUUUCAGUCAUAACAGACUGCACGUGUUUGAGCUCAAGGACUGAUCCUAUCCAGCCCUAUUAACAAAGAAAAUGGAAGAGGUACUUCUUUUUAUGCCUGGUUAGUUUUGGAUACUGUAUUUUAGUCACAUUGUAUAUGUUGUUUUAGUUAUCUAUAUUUAAGUCAAAUUUAGACUAUGUUUGGCUCAAGUAAGUGUUGAAAGUUGAUGGCUUUGUCAUUGAUUUCACUAAUGCUAUUUCCUUUAAUUUAUAAUAACCCUCUGUUUUUCUUAUGUAGACAAAUGAACUUCAGUUAUAGCCAACAAACUCGCAUGGGAAUGUUUUGGCACAUGACACACCCAAUUAAUGUUGCCUUGGAGACACUGUUGAUAGGAAGCUUCAAAGCUUUGUAAAGCUGCGCAGCAUGACUGAGUCAGGCAUGAAAAUCUCUCACCUUUCGGCGAAAUUCGCCGUUUUGAAGUCAAAAAGGAUGACCUACGUGAAUCGUGUAGAUCCGAGGAGAAAAAAUUUUAAGGGGGAGGGGGGGGGUCGUUUGUAGGCAUGUGCCAGUUACCUUCACGGAUUACCAUGCUAUGAAAACGUCGCGGUUACAAAACCACUAAAAUUUUCCGUCAUACAGUAGUACGUAUUCGUUAUUUUUCAUGUGUCGAAAAUGCAGCCAGAAUUAGCUUGGCGCGGCAGCGCUUACCUCUUCCCCUGUUUGAUGCUGCGUGUGUCAGUGACGCUAUUCCAGCAAACCCAAAAACAAGCACUCCAAACGCAAGGCGUAAAUUCUUCAAUUUAUUGAUCUCUCAAAUCGUGGUAACUGAAAUAUACCAAAUGAAUACAUUUAAAACGUUGUACACUCGUAUUUUUCCACAUGUGAGUAGCUUCAACAGUUUAGCUUCAUGAAAAAGUUCGUCAAAAACAAAACACACAUUUUCCUUUCAAAUUCAAUACACAAAGUUACUAAAAACUUACAAAGACGAAUGAUAGGCAAGGCUUAGCUAGGACAGCAACUUCAUUGAGGUUAAUCACAGCCGCUGAGAGAGAAACAAGUUUGUAUGCGGGGAGGAAAAAAAAAAAAAAAAGCGUCAAAGAUCGCUAAUUGCGACAGAUGAUCUUGUACUAAGCACGAAUUCACAUUCGCUGGAGGAGGUAAAGUAUCACUCCCAAUUGUUUUUAGAUGAAUGCAUUUGCCAGCAUAUUGAAUUUAGUGAGUAAUGGUUUUCGUUUUCAUAUUUUGUGGUAUGACAAAGUUACUGCCGUUCGUUGCAGCUUGCGUUGAACACUGCCUGAGAGUCCGGUGAAAAAAUAGCUCCCGUUAAGGUAGCGUCAAGCUUGUGUAUUUAACGGUAAUAUAAAAGCAGUGUUGUCAAUAACGCGGUAUCGUAAUGCGUAACUAAUCUGAUUACUUUCUUUCAGUAAAGAACAAUCUAACGCGUUCAUUUUUCUAAAUCAGUAAUCUGAGGAAAAUUACUUUCCUUGAUGCCUGUGCGUUACUAUUUUGUUAUUGCCCCAUAAUGUGUGUAGAAUGAAGAAUACUGUAGUCAUGGGAGUGACAUCACAUGUCACAUUUUUUAAUCGGGGAUGGAACAAAAAGGGUCACGUGUAUUACCAUGAUGCGUGAGCGCUGGGAGUUUGCGGCCAAAACAACAUAGCCUUGGUACCUCGCCAGGAUGCAAUGAAAUAGGCAGGAGAUAUACUACAAACGGCUGCAUUUGCACACUGGAAACACAGCCAUUACUUCUAAUUUUUGUCCAGUAAAGAUAACAAAAAUAUCUCUUUGCGCUGGCUCAAAAAGACUGUCCACCGCUAUAAGCAUCCAAUUCAAGCACCACUUGGAAUUACAGCACAAUGACAGCCAGGACUUUUUGAUACUGCUCGUGCUCAAUCCUCGGUUCAAGCUCAGUUGUUGUUGAGGGUUUUGAAAGCUUAGGUUUAAAGAAAUUCUAAAUAUCCAUCUUGCCUCCUCAGCUGUAGUUUUGGCUAAGCAAUGCAAACGGCUGUCUCUAAGGUUCUAUAGUCACAUGAUCUGUUCGAAAAAUAAUUUGGACCCAUUAUGAAAUACUUUGAAGGAUUCCUGUUCAUUUUAUUCAUUUGUGUUGUUUGUUUUAUUGCUCUAAAACUUUUAUAGACAACAUUUUAAGGGCCAUAUUCAAUGGUCUUUAUUUUAAAGGGGAAGUUCAGAAUUUUUUACAUUAGGCUUAAUGUUUGAGUUAGCCGGGGUUUAAUUAGUCGUUGGAAAUGAUUUGAACAAAUUCUGUGCAGUUUGACAGUUAUUUGUUAGUUUCAGGGCUCCGGAGUGGCUAAGCUAGCGCGAGUCAAUGGUGGUUGAAAUCAACUCCUUCAACUAAUUAAACCCCCGUUAACUCGAAUAUUAAGCCUUAUGUGAAAAAUUAAAAUGGUCAAAUUCGCCACAUGUAGGACGUUUUGCCGACGGCGGACAUUUUGGCAGAACGCCGGAACAUAUUUCCUCCACACCUUUCUCACCUUUUUAACCCCUGACCCAUUUUCAUGCCUGCUGAGUGUGACCUGAGGCACUGAAAAUUGCAACAUACAGGGGUUGGACAAAAUAAUGGAAACACCUAACAUUUUGGCAUCAUAAUUAUUAAAAAUUAUUCUUAAAGAAUUGCAUGAGGAACAUUCUAAUGAAGUUAAGCAUCUCGUAUGGCCAGCACAAUCCCCAGACCUCAACAUUAUGGAGCAUUUAUGGUCAGUUUUAGAAAUUCAAUUAAGAUGUUUAUUUCCACCGCCAUUGUCUCUAAAUAGUUACAGGGUAUUCUAACUGAAGAAUGGCUUAAAAUUCCUUGGGAAACAAUUCACAAGUUGUAUGAAUCAAUACCUCGGAGAAUUGAGGCUGUAAUUGCUGCAAAAGGCGGAUCUACACCAUAUUAAAUUAGUUUUUGAUGAUUUUUUAAGGUGUUUCCAUUAUUUUGUCCAACCCCAGUAGCACAAUGUGUUAUCUAUAGGCAAGAACAUGAUGGCCCUUUUUGUGGUUAUCCCAUUCUGACUCCAAGAAAUGACUCAGUGUUGGACGGUCAAUUAUAGUGUGAAAAAAAAAAUCUUGUGUCAAAUAAGUAUCAGUUGCUAUUUGCAAUUGGGUAAAUAAGCAACCCCAGCCACAUUAUUUGAAAAUAAUCUACUUGUUGUGUGGGGCACAUUUGUUUUGUUCAUGGUUAAAAUUGAGCUAUUCAGAUUGAUAUGCACGAAAUUAGCAAAAAAGACUUUGAGAUAAACACACUAAACCGUGUGAAGAAGGAUUUUGCUCAUAACCUUUAUUAUGAAAAUACUCGAGGAAAUUGUUGGAUGUAUUUUUGCACGCAAUCUUGGAAAUGUCUGCCAGUUUACAGUAAACCUGGGCAAUGAAUCAAUUUUAUUAAUUCUAACUUUUAUUGGUUGUGGAUGGUUCAAAUAUAAUUAAUUCCAGUUUUGUUGUUGUUUUUUGCUAAAUAAAACAAAAAACAAAUACAGUUGUGGUCAAAAGUUUACAUACUCUUGUGAAGAACAUAAUGUCAUGGCUCUCUUGAGUUUCCAGUUAUUUCUACAAGUGUGAUUUUUCUCUGAUAGAGGGAUUGGAACGGAUACUUCUUUGUCACAAAAAACAUUCAUGAAGUUUGGUUCUUUUAUGACUUUAUUAUGGGUGAACAGAAAAAAGUGAUCAAAUCUGCUGGGUCAAAAAUAUACAUACAGCAGCACUAAUAUUUGGUAACAUGUCCCUUGGCCAUUUUCACUUCAAUUAGUCGCUUUUGGUAGCCAUCCACAAGCUUCUGGCAAGCUUCUGGUUGAAUCUUUGACCACUCCUCUUGACAGAAUUGGUGCAGUUCAGUUGAAUUUGAUGGCUUUCUGACAUGGACUUGUUCCUUCAGCAUUGUCCACAAGUUCUCAAUGGGGUUUAAGUCAGGACUUUGGGAAGGCCAUUCGAAAACCUUAAUUCUAGCCUGAUUUAGCCAUUCCAUUACCACUUUUGAUGUGUGUUUGGGGUCAUUGUCCUGUUGGAACACCCAACUGCGCCCUAGACCCAAUCUUCGGGCUGAUGACUUUAGGUUAUCUUGAAGAAUUUGAAGGUAAUCCUCCUUCUUCAUUAUCCCAUUUACUCUCUGUAAAGCACCAGUUCCAUUGGCAGAAAAACAGCCCCACAGCAUAAUACUACCACCACCGUGCUUGACGGUAGGCAUGGUGUACUUGGGGUUAAAGGCCUCACCUUUUCUCCUCCAAACAUAUUGCUGGGCAUUGUGACCAAACAGCUCGAUUUUUGUUUCGUCUGACCACAGAACUUUCCUCCAGAAGGUCUUAUGUUGUCCAUGUGAUCAGCAGCAAACUUCAGUCGAGCCUUAAGGUGCCGCUUUUGCAGCCUCUCAGUCCAUGGAGAUGCAAAACACGCUUGACUGUGGACACUGACACCUGUGUUCCAGCAGCUUGUAAUUCUUGGCAGAUCUGCUUUUUGGUGAUUCUUGGUUGAAUCUUCACCCUCCUGACCAAUUUUCUCUCAGCAGCUUGCGUUUUCUUCCUGAUCAUGGCAGUGACAAAACAGUGCCAUUCACUUUAUACUUCCAAACAAUUGUUUGCACUGUUGCUCUUGGGACCUGCAGCUGCUUUGAAAUGGCUCCAAGUGACUUUCCUGACUUGUUCAAGUAAGCGAUUCGCUUUUUCAGAUCCAUGUAUGUAUAUUUUUGACCCAGCAGAUUUGAUCACUUUUUUCUGUUAACCCUAAAU